ACUGACUCCAGAUCAGAAGAUGAGUGGUUGGAGAGAAGAGGAGGACGGAUCAGAGUCUGGAGGAUCAGACUGGUGGUCUAUGAAGACCCGGUCCCAGAGAUCCUUCUCCAGACCUCAGUGAUGAACCUGGACCCUCAUACCCCAAAGGUCCCAUCAGACCACUCGCUGCCUCCAGACUUCUCUUCAUCUUUGACGGCCUGGAUGAAAAAGAGACUUUCACUGGAUUUCAACAACGAUGAGGCUGUUCCUGAUGUCACACACAAGUCCUCAGUCAACCUGCUGUUGACAAACCCCAUCCCAGGGAAGCUGCUUCCCUCGCUCUCUGUCUGGAUCACUUCCCGACCUGCAGCAGCCAUCAGAUCCCUCCUGCAUGUGUUGACAGACCAGAGAGGAGAGCUGCCCAAGACCCUGACUGACAUGUACUCCCACUUCCUGCUGGUUCAGACAAAAGAGGAGAAGCUCAAGUAUGCUGAGGGACAUGAGACGAGUCACACAGGAGCUGAUGGGCCAAGCAUCAACAUCUUCCACUGUCUGAACGGAGAUGAAGGGACCACUCAGUCCCCCAGGAGAUCCAAGAGUUUCCUGAAGUCAGAGAACAGAUCUAGAGAAGAAGAACUCUCUGAGAUCCACUGUUCAGCGCUCUGGCAGGCUACAUGCAGCGAGUCAGGUGUCAAGAGUGGUCUGGAAAAGGGACCCACCACCCCCGUCUGCCACUCCUUAGGCACCGUCCCAGGCUUCCACGCAACGUUUAUUAACUGUAACCUCUCUGAGGCUGAGUGGGAAGUCGUGUUCUCAGCUCUGAAGUCCAACCCCUCCCAUCUGAGAGAGCUGGACCUGAUAAACAACCUGGAGGAUUCAGCCGUGGAGCGUCUGUGUGCUGGACUGCAGAGUCCAAACUGUAGACUGGAGACUCUGAGAUUGGUCGGCUGCAGUUUGUCAGAGACCAGCUGUGCUUCUCUGGUCUCAGCUCUGAAGUCCAACCCCUCCCAUCUGAGAGAGCUGGACCUGAGUACCAACAAGCUGCAGGAUUCAGGACUGGAGCUGCUGUGUGGUUUUCUGGAGAGUCCAGACUGUAGACUGGAGACUCUGAGAUUGAGGUAUUGCAGGUUGUCAAAGACCAGCUGUGCUUCUCUGGUCUCAGCUCUGAAGUCCAACCCCUCCCAUCUGAGAGAGCUGGACCUGAGUAUCAAUGAGCUGCAGGAUUCAGGACUGGAGCUGCUGUGUGGUUUUCUGGAGAGUCCAGACUGUAGACUGGAGACUCUGAGUAUGAGGGGCUGCAGGUUGUCAGAGACCAGCUGUGCUUCUCUGGUCUCAGCUCUGAAGUCCAACCCCUCCCAUCUGAGAGAGCUGGACCUGAGGGACAACAAGCUGCAGGAUCCAGAUGUGAAGCAGCUGCGUGAUCUUGUGGAGAGUCCAGACUGGAGACUGGAGACUCUGAGGGUGGAUGACAGAGUCUACAGGGCUGCACCUGCCAGACAGGAAGCAGAUCCGUCCCCGUCAAAGACAGACCCUGAUGUGUGUGAGGACAGCAGAGAGGACCAGCUGUCUCCUGAUGGUCCAGAGAGGUUGAAGCAGCAGCUUGUGUGUGGAGAGGCUCCAUACAGAUGAAAUGUCCCCCUUCACAGCUGAGCUGCUGACUGAGUCUGGAGAGACUUCAUACAGGUUCAGGUGUCCUGGUCCAGGUGUGUUCCGGUGUGCUGUGACUGGACUGGUGUUUGUUAUGACCCAGGAGGGCGAGCUGCGGUACAAC